AUGACUACAAACAAUAGAAGAUUUGUCAAUCAUAUCAUUAGAAAUGUUGUACAACAAAACAGUAUUCCAGAUGGAACAAUGCCCUCUCCAGAGGCACAAUUCAAUCUUACAAAAUACUUUGACGAUCCAAACACUGUUGAUUUAGUCUUUAUAAAUAUGAUGGAAAGAGUUAGAAAUGAGAGAUCACACUAUGAACCUGUACUCUCAAGAAUCUUAAAGUUGAUCAAGAACAAUAUAUCGUUGCAUCCACCUAGCUUACAGAUACUACACGAUCUAGACUUGUUUUGUGUCGGUAUAUCACCGUCUGCCAAUGCAACACUGCAAAAGAGUAUUUCCUACAUUCGUGCACUCAUUAGCAACCAGAUCAAGCAACAUCCACAAUAUAUAGAGUCAAACACAGGACUGCUGAUUUCUUCGUCAUCAUCGAUCUCAUCGGUGUCGUCACAUCACUCUGCAUCAUCGGUGACAUCCUCCACCCUAACAAAGUCGUCGCCACUCGCCAACAACGGAAUCACUUCAAGUACCGGAAGUAACAGUAGCGUUAUUGGUAUUAGCGCCAACUCAACAACAACAGCAACAACAACAACAACAUUAACGACAAUGUCAAAUUCAACACCUGGCAUCACAAGUGGUGGAAGUCAUCAGCAUCAGCCAUAUCAACAACACCACCAGUCAAAUAGUACCGGUGCGAUUGGCAGCAGUAGCAGUAGUGUGAGUGGCGACCGACGCGCGAGCAUCGGAAUCGUCAGAACCCGGAGUCAGUCGGCGUCGACCUAUAUAUCGCCACGCGACGACGCCGUUCCCAGUCUGCUGGCGCAGCAACAGCAGCAGCUACAACGAUCCUCUCUCGACUUGGGCAACAUCAAUGUGUUGUCGACCUCGAACAACUCAUCGGGUGGCGGCACCGCCGUCUCCUCCUCGACAUCGACAUCGUCAUCGCCACAAUCGUUCAAUGAUUCACCGAUUCGCAAUUCACUUCUCAAUCAAACAUCCUCAACAACAACAUCAACACCACUUUCACCGACACUAACAUCAAAUAACAACAACAACAUUACACAAUUUUCAGAUAGUAACAAUAACAACAAUACAAUCUCGUUAACCAACAAUACAAUUACAAACUCAAUAUCAAGUGGAAAUAUAUCAUCUACACUAUCGAAUCUUAGAGACAGUACAAAUAACGCUGGUAUCCUAUCAUCAUCUUCGAGUAGCAACAUGACAAUCUCACCAACAUUAUCUAGAAGACUGGCAUGUCAAGAGGAUGGUUAUAUCAAUGACCUAAUGGGUUUGAAAUGUUGUCCUUCUAAAUCAAUUUCAAAAAAUAAUAAAAUACAUAGUUUAUUAACACAUUCACCAUUUGGAGUGUUAAAAGGUGGUGAGAUAAAAGGAAAAGAUAUAUUCAUUUGUCCUGAUGAUACUAAUAAUAUGGAUCCAAUUAAUAUUGUACAACAAACAAAGAAAAAAGAUCAAGAACCGCUGAAGAUCAGUGAAAGUGAGAAGCAACAGGUUAUCAAAGUAAUUAAUAAUCCAUCGACCGCACAAGAUCGUUCCAUUGCAACUAAAAUAUUUAUUAAAAUUUUAUUAGAUAUCUAUUGUAAACAUGGAGUGGAAGGUGAGAAGUUGAUUCAAAGCUAUUUCAAUAGUAUUAUUGCAAGUCCAUAUAGGGAUGCACGUUCACAUCUCUUCAAUAUCAUAUUCAAUCUUAGUAUUCAUAUAAAUAUUUAUUCAGAGUUGAAGUUGGACGAUGGUUCACAGGGUGUGAUUGGUGAUCUCCAGGAAUCGGUGUUCUCACUGCUGCGCGAAGUCUUACUGUAUUGCGUGAAGCACGAGCAAGACGAAAAAGUCUGGCUGGAAGCACUCACUUGUAUCAUAUUUUUCGUUGUAGACCAGGGUGUUGUCAUCCGCAGUCGACUACACUCUCUCAACUCACAGAUCAUCGCUGCUCUCCUAAAGUAUGCCAACGAUACAAGCGAUCAAACAAAGAGAAUGUUAAUAAGAAUGUUAUGUAACUUUUUAUAUAAAGAUAAUAAUAAUAAUAAUAAUAAUAGUAGUAGUAGUAGUAGUGUUAGUAAUAAUAAUAGUAGUUAUAUGUAUUUGAAUGAAGAAGAGUUGAAUAAUAUUGGUGGAAUUGAUUUUAUACUAAGAUUAUAUACAACUAUUAGAUCCAACGAAGCAAAGAAUAAUUUAUUUGUUAUCAUAUUUGAUUAUGUAUUACAAUCAGCAUUGAAAAGUCAAACUAUUGCUGAUAGUCAGUUAACUCAAGAUGCACCUGUAUUAUUAGAGUUAUUUAAAAGAGCAGAUGCACCACAUUACUUUGUUCAAUUAUUUAAAUGUAUACCAGAACGUGAUUUCGUAUCAGACUUCUUUUUAUUUACAUCUGCCGAUAAGAAUCACGAGUCAUCAUUCUCCUACGAAGAUCUGACCAUCAAGUUCUCAAUGAAGAUACACGAGCAUGCUGUUCGUUACCAAAAGAUCGAUCAGUCCUGUGAGAAAUUCGUCUCUGAGGUCCAAGAUAACCCAGAGAAGGCAUCUGCAUUACUUCAAGAAUGGUUAUUCAAUGAGAAUGAUGAGUUACUUAGAUUUAAUGGAGCUCCCGAUACCAACUAUUCAUUGUUUUUAAAUAAUCAAUUUGUGAUAUCGACCAGUUUAAUCAAGUCAAUCAAUGUAGUGAUUCUACAGUAUGUGUUCUCCAAUAUCACUAGUGCCGAUCGAUACAAUGAGACUAGAAUGGUACUGUUGCAUCUGCUGAUCUUGCGUUGCAACGAGUCUGAAGAUCUCGCCAAGAUCGGUGGAAUCAGUUUCUUUAAGAAUCUUAUGAACGAUCCAUGUACUCCCAUUGCCUAUCACUCUAGUUACUUUUUGUUAACUCAAUUGGAGGCGGAAAGUCCAGAGCAAUAUAGAUCAAUCUUGCAGCGUCUGCUAUCAAAGGCCAGAGAAAACAAUGAUGAAAACUUGAUUUCCAAUCCUUUCUUCCAGGUGCAAGGUAUCAUCGACAUGACUCAUAAGACCUAA